ACGAAUCCUGAACUCUCGUCCCCUUCUUCUAUACCUCAUCUCUUGUUGUUCUUAAGUUCCGAUAUGUAAUAGCCACUGGAUUUGUGUAUCAUAACUCCUAUAUCGACUAUAUCCAAAUCCCCAGCGAGAGGUUCGUAACACGCGCGCGGCCCUCCCGUCGCCGGCCGGCGAUCUGCCCGAACCAGUCCGCCAGAGAGAGAGAUAGAUGGGGGAUCGGAGCAGAAGCAUACUUCCAUCGGGGGAGGGAGGGAGGAAGGAAGAACAGCAGCGUCGGAGCAGGAAAGCCGAAGACGAAGAGGAGGGGCAGGGCAGCCUGGGCCUGGCCCGGGAUAUGGUGGAUCGAGUCGCUCGAGCUAGCUGGGCCGCGGCCCAUUUCUCAAAUUCCUCAAAAGAAGAAGAAGAGAGAGAGACAGCGACCGUAGUCCAAAUGUUCUAAUCUAAACAUUCAAGUUGCCCUAAAGAAAUCUGAACAUUCAAGUGGAGCGAAGGAGGGUAGUGUCAACAAAAGCGAGCAGCCGCGCGCGGCGCCGAUCAUCUCCGUUCCUUUCUGUGAUCUCCAGUUCGCUUUCCAUGGGCCGCGGCGGGGGCGCGGGGCCGGCCCGAGGAGACGGCGGGUCAUGGCUGCGCACCUACGACCGGGUGGUGGCGAUGGUGGGGAAGGUGGAGGCGCUGGUCGCCGGCCGCGCGCAGCUGGAGGCCGUCAACGAGCUCCAGCACGAGUUCUGGGAGGACCGCGGUGGCGUCCUCCAGGCCCGCUUCCUCCAGGCGGAGGAGAGCAGGAAGAAAUGGGAGGCGGCCUACAUGGAUUUGCUCCCCCACGACGAUCAUCGCAAGUUUGCCGGUAAGAAUAAGCAUCUGUUCCAUUCUUAUGAUUCGCGGUGCCCCCUGUCAAGAAUUUCUUCAGAGCAGUGUGCUGGGGUAGUACCGAAACCCCAGGUUACAGGUUUUAAGCCAUCACGCAAACAUAUCAAAGUAAACUACUCCCGCAAGAUCAACAACAGACCUACUUCCCUCCCCGCAUUCCCACAACUCCUCACUGUAAUCAGAGUAUAUAUAAGUAGCUCGACAAAAAACCAAUGCUACAGAAAGAUACUUUCAAAAGUUUCUGGAUGGACCAAAACAUAUCCUGAGUCCAUCGCCAAAGAUUGUGUAUUCUUGAUUUCCAGAUCUGAAUAAACUCCAUCAAAGAUUUGUCAUGUCUGCUGAUCCCAUAACUCCCUUCACCGCUGCAGUAGCCGGUAAGGAGAUCAUUUCAAAAACUGCAUAAUAUGUCCGCCUGGGACUGGGAGAGUUUUGUUGGAUUAAGGUAUAUAUAGGAUCCAUGAUGCUUAGUGUUGUGACCUUUAUAGUUGUUGUGGGCAUUGCAUGGUUCGCAGGCAGUCAAAUGCAACCUUUAACUACUCCCUCCGUCCCAUAAUUCUUGUCUCAAAUUUGCCCAAAAAUGGAUGUAUCUAUUCCUAAAAAGCAUUUAGAUACAUGUAAUAUUUCGACAAGAAUUAUGGGACGGAGGGAGUAGUAUAUUAAAACAAAGAACCCAAUUUCUAAGAAUUUAUGCUUCUGCUGACAUCGUUGUGGAGUGUAGAGCUCCAAGAGAGUGACUUGGAGGAUUUCACAACAUUCAUAGAUCUUUUGACUGCCGAAAACAGUGAGUUGAAGAUACAACUAAAGGAAGUUCGAAGCUGUGUAGAGGAUAAGAAAAACACGACGGAUCAUGAGCAGACUGCAAGAUCUUUAAGAGCAGAGUUAAGAAAACUAAAGGAAGCUCAUGAGACCCUGAGCUCAAAGAAGGACAAGGAAGUUGCUGCAUUAAUUGCAGAAAAGGAUCUUGUGCAGAACCAGUUAAGGAGAAAGAAGGAAGACUACUGAAGCAGCAGAAAAGCUUCAGCUGAAUAUAGUGGAUCUGCAAGUGGUGGCCCAAAAGAAGGAUGAUAAGAUUGGCAGGUUGCGAGAAGAAGUUUUUGCUCCCAAAAAGAAGCUGCAGGAAAUGCUCUCCUCGGCUAAGGAGAAAGAUGAACAAAUUCAUAAUUUUUGCAGAGAAAAUGAUCUUGUGCAGAAUCAGUUGAAUGUAAUGGAGCAGGACCAUGCUGCGCUCCUUCAGGACAAAAAAAAAAGAGGCAGCACAAGCUAUGGAAGCAGCACAAAAGCUUCAGCAGAAUUUGGAGGAGCUGCAUGUGGAGAUGGAUGGAUGCUAGAAUCGUCAGCUCACGAGCAGAUGCUGCGAGAAAGAUGUUGCUGGAGAUGCGCUCCUUGGUCAUGGAGAAAGAUCAGGAAUGCCAAAAACUUAAAGGCUGGCAUCCUGGCACUAGCCGGAAGCGAUGAUGAUCAGAAUGGAAACGACGAGGAAGCAAUGGGUAAUCUAGUUCAAGAGCCUCUUAAGAAGAAGGGACCCCAAAAAAGGGAACUACAGCAAGAGGACAGAAGGGGCAAAGUCACUGACAACAAAAGCGUUGAAAGUGAUCGGGCAACGCAAGAGCCUAGCCAGGCUCAAGGUACUGCUGCCGAGGCUGAGAGGCUCAAGAGGGAGCUUGAGUCCACCCACGACCUGCAGCGGAGGCUUGAGGCCGCCAAAGCCCGGUCUCAGAAGGCAGAGGAGGACAAGGCAACUGCAGAGGCCUCCCUGAAGAAACCCCAGGACGCUGCCGAAGUUCUCCAGGCCUCUAUUGACAAGGCCAUCCGGGAGGCGAAUGCCGCCAAGGAGGGCUCUGCCAAGUUAGAAGCUGAGCUGCAGAAGGUCACCGAGCAUGCCACUGAGAACCAGGCGGUGGCUGAUCGGGCCAAUCAGCAUGCCGCCACCCUGAAGGCGGCCACGUGCGCUGCCUACGCCGCCCUGUGGCUGGACGUCUGUGUUGCCGACAACGACGAGGCGGUGUUGCCUCGGCUGCAAGCUGCUCCUGCACGGAUCGCCGAGCUGAAGACUGAAGCUGCGAAGCUGGGGGCGCAGUUAGCAUUCGUUGUCACCAAGUGCCUUUGUCCCACCCUGGAAUGGGGGAGCUUUGCCGAAGGUCUGGCUGCGGAGACCACCCAAGAGGAGGUCGAUGUCCUGAGGAGCAAGACGGAGGAGUUAGCGGCUUGGAUCUCCAAAUACGUUGUCCUGUAACCACUUUUUUUCGAAAAGGGUUCCCCGUUCUCUGCAUCAAUCGAUGCACACGGCCAUUGUCCUGUAACCACCUAGUGUAGAUGUUAGACGUUGGCCCACUCGGGCAUCCUGGCACUAGUCGGAAGCGUAAGUAUGCCUCAUCAUUAUCAGAUGUAAAUAUUUCAUUUCAAACUAUAUGGUUCACAAUGAACAAUUUUUCUGUGUGUCUAGCACUAUAUUUAUUUUGUGACCUUGGUUCGCCAUACAGAUAUAACCAAUGGACCGUGUUGUGUUUAUUAACUAAACCUUCUGGAUCAGUUGUAACAUUAA